UCUCAUGACGCCGCUUUUUGACAGAAACUGACCUCGUCCUCGUCCUGUGUUAGCCGCAAAGUAUGUACGGUUGUCGUAUGUUACGUAAAUUUUUACGCCAAUUUUGCGGUUCCGUUGCAUCGUUUCGGGUUGAUUUUUAGGGCAAUAGGAAGAUUUUAUGACACCACGGCGAGGCUGAUUUUAUGAGUGGGGUAGGUUAUGCUCUAAUAGAUUGAACGCCGCAUGUGGGUGCAGUGGGAAUAAAAGCGGUUAAUAAUCGUAACCUAGUAUAAUGGAAAGUAGAGAUCAAUGUAAUGUUGGAUUAGCUUUGUGGAAUACAAGCAGGAAAAAGUGAGUUAGGAAACAUAUUUUGAGCGCGAUUGUUGCACAGUUUAUACUGUUUAGUCUGCUGUGCGUCGCCUAUUGGCUCGCAAUGCCGUCAGAUUUUCAGUUAUCCGCAAGGGAAUACAAAUUAAUAUGCGGCCAACCCCCUUAGAGCCUGUGUUAUUUCAUUCUUCGGUCGCCACUUUAACCUCUCAAAAUCAGUUGGAGUGCAAUUAUCAACGUAACCGUGUGAUGUUUUAAACAAAUGUGCCGAAACCCGUAGUCAACGGCUGAUAAGCGUAUCCAGAUAGACACUUCAUUCAACCCUAAAACGUAGGGCACCAUAGUUGUGUACUUGGGUUCAUUUACUUUGUCCCGGUCAAUUUAAAGAGAAUUUCAAGUAAUAUAAGCAUUAUGGAUAAUUAAUUGAAAUUGUUUACUAGUGCAGAGUGUGGAUCCUGAAGUGUUUCCCUCCUGUGGGCUCAGUGCUCGCCCUUUGAUUCCUGGAAGUAAUAAAAUUGUAGCAAGUGUUUCCUACCAAAUGUAUUGUGUUUCCUGUGUGCUAAUACCAUGUCCUAGUGCUCAUCAAGUGUACACUUCGAAUGAAAGUGGAUGCGAACGUAUAAUGUGAGAUGUCCGGCAAUUGUUAUUAUAUUCGUUACCACCAAGCUGUUGCCAUUUUCAGUGUGUCCGUGACGUAAUCGAAAAACCAUGUUACAGGCAACUGUAACUCUGAAGUUGACCAUCCAGACGUUGACCCUGUUAGUUGUUGUAGCAACAAUGGGAGGAUAUCGGAGUCGAGCUGAUGAAAGUGUAGAUGGUGACCGUCCAGUCACGGAAAGAUCACAUAGCACGGAUUCCAUUGCCCUUGCCAGCAGUUAUGAGAUUCUGUUCAGCGAAACAGGAAAACCCCCCUCUAGUGACGACGCGCUAAAUAUAAUUCAUUCUGAUACUCAUCGCACAAAACUCACAGAAGAAACAGCAGUUUCGCUUACUACCCCCACAACAAUAUCAACAUUAUCAAGAGCAACAACAACAUCAACAAUGCCGUCAACAAGUAGAACGACAAUAGUCGUUUCCACCAUUGCAGCGUCGUUAAAGUUGCAAGCAACUGCCUUUCCAUCAGCACCAACCACCGUCAGAACGUACCUAGGGAUGCAAAGUAAUGUAACGUCGAAAAAUUCAAAGCUGAAAACGGAAACGAAAUUCAGUUUACCCAAGCCACAAAAGACAGAUGCUCCGAUGCUCAACUACAUUUUCGACUCGUUUUCAACUGCAAACAAGCACCACCACCACGACCAGAGGUAUGGUCCACACUUCGAAGAUGCUGUGACGGACGGAAACGUGACAAACAUAACAGUCCAAGCUGGAAGCAUGAUAUUCCUGAACUGCCGGAUAAGCCUGUUACAAGACAAAACGGUGUCAUGGGUGAAACGAAAGGGAAGUGGUGCGAAUCCGCUCCAGCUACUGACGGUCGGGAUGCAUACUUAUAGCGGAGAUAGUCGCUUCACAAUAGAUUUCCAAUAUCCAAACAACUGGAGAUUGAAAAUAGGGCAGGCAAAGAAAUCCGACGAGGGGAUCUAUGAAUGCCAAAUCUCAACACAUCCUCCAAGAGUUAUACAAAUAAAUUUACAUGUGAAUGCGCCCGAAGUUAUGAUAGUCGAUGAAUAUGGAACUGCCCUGCAGGAGAAAUACUACGAAAUCGAUUCUACACUCCAGCUCUCUUGUAUCGUCCGAAAUGUGGUUAUGUCCUCAUCGGUUGUCUACUGGAGCCAUGGAGACCAAAUUUUAAAUUACGAUACGACUCGAGGCGGUGUAAGUGUGAAAACAGAGCUAAUGGAAGAUGGUGCGAAUUCAACAUUAUUCAUAGCGAAGAUAAACAAAUCUGACUCCGGGAAUUAUACAUGCUCGAUAAACUCUUCCCAUGAGUACAACAUUAUGGUUCACAUUUUAAAUGGUGAAAGUUUUGCUGAACUGCAUCACGGAAGCUCGUCCCGAGUCAUUACGCAUACCUCACCUGUAGUUUUAAGUGUCCUGCUGCUACCUCUGGCAGCACUGCAAUACCGUUCAUCAUUCAUAUUCAACUGUAUCAGGUAGGAGGUUGUAUCCCUAAGGAAAUUUUAGAGCGCAACAACUGAAAUUUCACGAUCGUUAGGAAAAACGGAAAGCAAUGCCUUCCGCUGCCGCUUGUUACCCCAAAGGACGACAGAGGAGGGCAGCUUUUUAUGUAAGAUUAAUUUCACAGGAUGUGUUGUUAUGUUGUUACCAUAGCUUGUAAUACUUUUGCGUUCCUUUUCUUGAAGCGAAAAGAAUUGUUUGAAUAUGAUUUCAAAGUUGGGAUUGAAAAGAGUAUUGGUAGCUCAUUCCGAAAAAACAGGUGAAGGAUAAUUUAAUAUGUGCGAUAUGUUUCCAAUGAAACUGAUGUAAAUCAUAAAGUUUAAUACGAUGUUCACUGUACAUAAUCUACUUAUUCCGGUUUAAAACGUAAAUGAGAAAAUCAGAUAUGAACGAAUUUUCCAUGGAAUUGAAGCUACAUUUUAACAUACAUAUUACAUAUAGAAAAACGUAAACGUUCUCUGAGACCAUACUAUAGACAUCAUAUCAAUAUACGCUUAAGUAGAAGUUACGUU